AUGUGUCAAGCCGUCCGCUACGUCUACCCCGGCUGCGGCCAUCCCAUCCGCCCCGACUCCGAUACGUGGUAUCUCGAAAGAUGCCGCAUUGCCCACGACACAGACAGUAACUGCUGGCUGCCACGAAGCCCCCCUCCCGAGUUCAUGCAGGAGAGAGUAUAUCACGGCGAAGAUCUGGCCGAAGAAUGCGCUACUUGUCUCACCUUGAACGCUUGGGAUGAUGAUGACGCUGUUCGGGCAUGGGGCUCAUUCUUCGAGGGUGAGGAGAGCGACGUCGAAGACGAAGAUGAAGAAGGCGACUCCGAUGCGGGAAAUACCGCCCAGCAAGACACCACGCAGAGACCAACACGGGCAGAUACCUCGGCAGGUCCCUCUGCAGAAGAGCUUCGCGAAGCCGAAGACCUUCAGUGGGCGAUAAACAAAAUGAUAGAGAUCGAUAGCGAUGCCGGGGGAGAGACUCCUCCUUCUCCUGAGAACCGAAGAUUGGGGUCGGCAAGCAUGAAUCUUCAGAGCAGCCAGCCUUCGGAGAUGGAAUAUCACUGA